AUGGCUGCAAUGUUUUGUUUUUUGGAAAAUAAAACCAUAUAUAAAGCCGACUUUCCUUUUGUGCACCCUUCUUCUUACCAGGCUACAAAAAAGAAGAAGAGAAAAAGCACCGUUUCCAAUGGACCCAAAGCCCCAGUCACGGGGUAUGUUAGAUAUUCGAAUGAACGCAGAGAACGGAUCAGACGUCAGCACCCAGACUUGCCAUUUUCAGAAAUCACAAAGAUGCUGGGAGCUGAGUGGAGCAGUUUGCCAGCACCAGAGAAGCAGAAAUAUCUUGAUGAGGCAGAGAAGGACAAGCAGCAGUACAUGAUGGAGCUCAGGGAGUACCAACAGUCUGAAGCAUACAAGAUGUGCACAGAAAAGAUCCCACCUAAAAAGAUCAAAAAAGAGGAAGGCAACGUGCCCACCACUGUUAUCACCUUGUUGAACGAGCAACCAUCCACAAGCAAAGAUCCCGAGACUGAUGGAUUCCCCACAUGUGAUGUACCCAUUUUUACCAAAGAGUUGUUCAAUGAAAAUAAAGGUUUGUGA